GAAAGGACCACAUAGCUCCUGGUGCAGCAGAGAGGUUCUCCUUCUGCAAGACAUUUGCUGGACUCCUGAGAAAUCAUUUUGAAUAGCAUGGCAGAGAAGGAUUUCAUCAGUUGGCAUCUGCUGACUUAUUUUUUUCUUCCAUUUUGCCUGUGUCAAGACAAAUACAUGGAGGUGAGCAGAAGAUCUUAUAAACCAGUAGCCAAAGUAUUGCAAAGUCAUCACCAGACUGCCCAUAAAGGUUCCAGAAGCAGGGAAAUAUUGAAACAGCGGAGUCAACUUAUAGUGACUGUUGCUAAUAGCACUUCUACAGACCAAAAAGUCCUGAGACCAGAGGUAGAUGAUGUAGAACUGACUACCUCAGAUAGAGUCCAGCCCCCACAAACGGGACCACAAAAUCCCGACUGCAGUACCUGCUGCCACGGCGAUUUUGGAGUUCGACUCUACCAAGGGCCCCCAGGACCUCCCGGCUCCCCUGGGAUGCCAGGAAAUCAUGGAAACAACGGGAAUAAUGGAGCAACGGGCCAGGAGGGAGCCAAGGGUGAGAAAGGAGACAAAGGAGAUAUGGGACCAAGAGGAGAGCGUGGCCAUCACGGACCCAAAGGGGAGAAGGGCUACCCUGGGAUCCCCCCGGAGCUGCAGGUUGCAUUCAUGGCUUCCAUGGCUACUCACUUCAGCAACCAGAACAGUGGCAUCAUCUUCAGCAGUGUCGAAACCAACGUCGGGAAUUUCUUUGAUGUCAUGACUGGUCGAUUUGGAGCUCCAGUGAAUGGAGUGUACUUCUUCACCUUCAAUAUGAUGAAACACGAAGAUGUGGAGGAAGUGUACGUGUACCUCAUGCAUAACGGCAAUACCAUUUUCGGCUUAUACAG